UCUCUCAACUAUGGCCCUAUCAGAGACCCUCUCCAUCACCAAUCACCAGAUCACCGCCGAAGACACCAGCGCUGCUCCUAAUCCGGCGCCGCAGAAGGAGAUCAACCAUUUCCGCGGCGUUCGGAAGCGACCAUGGGGGAGAUACGCCGCCGAGAUCCGUGAUCCAUGGAAGAAGACUCGCAAAUGGCUUGGCACCUUCGAUACCGCCGAGGAAGCCGCUCGCGCCUACGAUGAAGCCGCCCGCAGCCUUCGUGGCCCUAAAGCGAAGACUAACUUCGGCUACGGCGCCGGAUCUGUUCCGGCUUGGAGAUCGCCGCCGGUUUAUGGCCGCGCUGGUGCUGAUCGGACGGAGAAGAAGGUGGAUGGUGAGGAGAUGAUGGUGAUGAUGAAUAAGAAGAAGCCUUUCUCUUUUGAUCUCAACCUUCCCGCCCCUCUCUUCUAACUGAUCUAUUUCUAAUUUUCUUGGAUUUUUUUUUCUUUUUUUCUUUUUAGGUAUAUUUUUUAGAUCACUCGAUCUUGUAUAGCUCAUUUUUCAUGUUUUUUUUAUAAUUAUAU